ACUUGGGAUGGCCCUGGGCUCUUCCUGCGCUGGCUCACAGUGACUCAAGUGCUGGUCUUAUACUGGGGCUUCUCCAGGCUCCCACAUUUUAAAUGUCCCGCCUAAUAUUUAUAUUACGCGUCCAGGCUGUCGCUGCCUGGACUGGCCGUCCAGAUCGCCUGCUAACUCGCUCUCUUUGGUUGUCUUUGCCUAAGCGUGCCUCGGCCGCCGCGCUAUUCUAUACGCCUCCAGCCUAUCACCGCCGCCUCGUUGCCGCCCGGCCCACUGCCUUUCUUGCUGUAUACAGCUUUAUACCGUAUACAGUACUAUAGACUUGGCUAUCGCUUACUCGCUCACCCUGGAUCUCCGCCCUAAAUACGCACAGAGCUCGUCGUCGUCAUGGAUCAGGAAAACAUAGAAUACACC